GGGGCAGGCUGGAGGAUGCACGCGGGGCUCCUGGGGCUCUCCGCCCUGCUGCAGGCGGCGGAGCAGAGCGCGCGCCUCUGUACUGUGGUUUACUACUUCACCACAGGACAGCUUCUCUGGGGGUGGCUGGCCUUUUCUGUCCUCCUGCCUGGCUUCCUGGUCCAGGGCCUGAGCUAUCUGUGGUUCCGAGAAGAUGGGUAUCUGGGACGUGGCCUGUUGGUGAUGCUGCACCUCCUGCAGCUGGGCGUCUGGAAGCGGCACUGGGACACUACAUCAAGUGCUCUGUCAAAGGCAGAGGAGGCUCCCCACUGGGGACAGCUGUGGCUGCAGGAGGCUGACCUGUCAGCCCUCCGGCUCCUGGAGGCCCUGCUGCAGACGGGGCCCCACCUGCUGCUCCAGACAUAUGUUUUUCUAGCCUCAGACUUCACAGAUGUUGUGCCAGGAGUCAGCGCCCUGCUCUCCUGGUCCUCACUGUCCUGGGCCCUGGUGUCCUACACCCACUUCCUGGGUGUCCUGAAGCCAGGCCACCGCGUCAUGCCAUGGGCUGCCCUCUUCUGCCAGCAGCUCUGGCGGAUGGGCAUGCUGGGGACCCGCGUCCUGAGUCUGGCUCUGUUCUGCAGAGCUUACCGCGUUUGGGUCCUGGUGGUUGGAGGUGCCCACUGGCUGGUGAUGACGUUCUGGCUCGUAGCCCAGCAGAGUGACAUCAUCGACAGCACCUGCCACUGGCGACUGUUCAACCUGCUGGUGGGGGCCGUGUACAUCCUCUGCUACCUCGACUUCUGGGACAGCCCUUCCAGAAGGAGGAUGGCCAGCUUCUACUCGGUAAUGCUGCUGGAAGACAUCAUUCUUUUGGUGCUGGCCACUGACUUCCUCCAGGGGGCCUCGUGGAGCAGUCUGCGGACCAUAGCUGGGGUCUUGUCUGGAUUUCUGAUAGGCAGCGUGUCGCUGGUUAUUUAUUACAGCCUGCUGCACCCCAAGUCCACAGACAUCUGGCCAGGCUUCGUGAGGACGUGCAGAGGCCCUGCCGGCAGGGACAGCGCAGAGCAGGAGGCCCCUCCCGGGACCACGGCUCCAGCGGCCGGGAGGCCCGAGAGCACAGAGUCUUGCCACGGAGAAAGCUGGGUGCUGGAGAAGGCCUCCAGCCCAGAGCAGGGCCCUGCAGAGGCAGAGACGGGGGACACAGGCUCCAGGGAGGGGUCCCUCCUGAGCCGCCACCACUGGCUGCUGGUGAAACUUGCCCUAAAAACAGGAAAUGUGCCCAAGAUCAACGCAGCCCUGGGAGAGGACAGUUCUGGCUGCCCUUGUCCCCCCACAUGGGGGUCCAGUCAACACUGCAGUCUGCAGGGGCAGACCCUAUUUACCCAGAGAGCCCACCUGUCAUCCCCCCAUGAUGCUUCAGCCCUAGAGAAAGGCUCCAAGUUUGAAGGGACCCCAAAAGCAGAGGUGGACGCCUUGGAAACCUCGAGUUACAUCUCUUUUGCCAGUGAUCACCAGGACAGUGUGCCCACCCAGAAGCCGUCAGCUCCACGUGGGGAGGACGACCCAAAGGAGAGAGCCAGAGCUGCCCCCAGGGAGCAGGGGAGGACUGCAGGGGGGCAGCUGAGAGGAAGCGAGGGACCGGAGAGCACAACAUUGUACUUCAGUGCCACCACGGAAGUGGCCAUGUCCUCACACCAAGAGGGCAGCCCCACAUCCCUGCUGUUGGCCCGCUCCAGGAGGAUGCCGGGAGAGAGCAGCCCUGCCCAGCCUCCCUUGCCCCUCACUGUGGCCAACAUCAGCCCCAUCCUAGGCGCAGGCCCGUGCAGACACUUCCGCCCCAGCCCAGGCCUCCCUGGACCAGCCCUGGGUGGCUCAGAGUGUGGGGAGUGGCAGGAGCCGGCAGAGGCCCUGAGCCAUCCUGCUGUAGGUGGCACCCCAAGGCUGUGGCCACAGAUGAGCCUGAGAUCCGCUGAAGAGCCCCGCCUCACGUCCACCCCCAAGUCCGAGCCCAUCCAGAGGGACUGCAGCUGCCCGGACAGGAUGAAGCCCGAGGCAAGCUUCUAUAUCUGA